AGUGGACUUACCCAUUUACCCUCAGACCCUAGUACUCUAGACGGUGUGGAUCUUCGUCUCUGUAUCACACUCACCCACCACCGUCGUCGCGUAGUCAAAAUCGCUCGCCGUACACAACUCGUACUCACCACUGGAAGUGCCCGCCGUCGAUCGACACACACAGAUCCCGACGGAGUUGUCCAAAAGAUCUGUUAUUACAAAGAUCCUCUCCCCAAAAUGAUCCAUUCUCACAAUCAUCGUCUAUUCCCUCUCUUCUUUUUCUCCUUCUUGUUGUUCUUAGUGGCUGGGUCACAUGGAUCUCCUGUUCGAACUGGUAAAAGUGGGAUGUCAUCAGUGUUUUCCUUGUUUAACCUCAAAGAGAAGAGUAGGUUCUGGAGUGAGGCUGUUAUACGUGGUGAUUUUGAUGAUUUGGAAUCUUCCAGGCCUGGGAAAAUGGCUGCUCUCAAUUACACCAAGGCAGGUAAUAUCGCAAAUUAUCUAAAGCUCCUGGAAGUGGAUUCUAUGUAUCUUCCAGUCCCUGUGAAUUUCAUUUUUAUUGGAUUUGAAGGGAAGGGGAACCAAGAAUUUAAGCUACAUGCUGAAGAACUUGAGCGCUGGUUCAAAAAAAUUGACCACAUUUUUGAACAUACGCGAGUUCCUCGCAUUGGCGAAGUUCUCACCCCAUUUUACAAGAUUAGCAUAGAUAAGGAGCAACGUCAUCAUCUACCUAUGAUCAGUCAUGUAAACUACAACUUCUCUGUACAUGCUAUACAGAUGGGCGAAAAGGUUACUUCUAUUUUUGAGCAUGCCAUUAAUGUCCUAGCCCGCAAAGAUGAUGUGUCUGAUACCAGGGAUGACCAUUCUGGUCUUUGGCAAGUAGAUGUGGACAUGAUGGAUGUUCUCUUCUCCAGUUUGGUUGAAUAUUUGCAACUCGAAAAUGCAUAUAACAUUUUUGUUCUGAAUCCCAAGGGUGAUGUGAAACGAGCUAAAUAUGGAUACAGGAGAGGUUUAUCUGAGACUGAAAUAGACUUUCUUAAGGAGAAUAAGACCUUGCAAGAAAGCAUUCUUCAUUCAGGAACUGUUCAAGAAAAUGUUUUUGCUCUUGAUAAUAUUAAGAGGCCUUUGUACGAAAAGCAUCCAAUGGAAAAGUUUGCCUGGACCAUAACUGAAGAAACUGAUACGAUAGAGUGGUACAAUAGCUGCCUAGAUGCACUGAAUAGUGUUGAAAGGCUAUAUCAAGGGAAAGAUACUGCUGAUAUCAUCCAGAGCAAAGUGAUGCAGUUGUUGAAUGGGAAGAAUGAAGAUUUGAAGCUUCUUUUUAAGAAGGAUUUGAAAUCUGGGGACUUUAGUGGUCUACAUGCAGAAUGUCUCACAGAUACAUGGAUUGGGAAGGGCAGGUGGGCAUUUAUCGAUUUAAGCGCAGGCCCUUUCUCGUGGGGCCCUGCUGUUGGUGGAGAAGGUGUUCGCACUGAACUAAGUUUGCCAAAUGUGAACAAAACAAUUGGUGCAGUAGCAGAACUUUCGGAAGAUGAAGCUGAGGAUCGCUUGCAAGAAGCAAUUCAGGAAAAGUUUUCCGUAUUCGGUGAUAAAGAUCAUCAGGCCAUUGAUAUCCUUCUGGCAGAGAUUGAUAUAUACGAGCUUUUCGCAUUCAAACAUUGCAAGGGACGGAAGGUUAAGCUUGCUCUUUGUGAAGAGCUUGACGAGCGAAUGCGAGAUCUAAAAAAUGAACUCCAGUCUUUUGAAGGCGAGGAAUACGAUGAAAGUCAUAAGAAAAAGGCUGUAGAUGCUUUAACACGAAUGGAGAGUUGGAAUUUGUUCAGUGAUACUUAUGAGGAGUUUCAAAACUACACAGUUGCACGUGAUACUUUCCUUGCACAUUUAGGUGCAACCUUGUGGGGAUCUAUGAGACACAUCAUAUCACCUUCCAUUGCUGAUGGGGCAUUUCAUUAUUACGAGAAGAUAUCAUUUCAGUUGUUCUUCAUCACACAGGAGAAAGUAAAACAUACUAAACAAUUGCCAGUGGAUCUGAAGGCUCUUAAGGAUGGGCUUUCUUCUUUGGUGUUACCUUCUCAGACACCCGUGUUCAGUGAACACAUGUUUCCACUUUCAGAGGAUCCUACUUUAGCAAUGGCAUUUUCAGUGGCGCGGAGAGCGGCAGCCGUCCCACUAUUGCUUGUUAAUGGAACAUAUAGGAAAACUGUGCGUUCCUUUCUUGAUUCUUCCAUUCUCCAGCGUCAGUUGCAGAGGUUGAAUGAUCAUGGUUCUCUUAAAGGAACCCAUGCCAAUAGCAGGUCCACGCUAGAAGUCCCAAUCUUUUGGUUUAUUCAUAGUGAUCCAUUAUUAGUUGACAAGCAUUAUCAGGCAAAAGCACUCUCUGAUAUGGUUAUCGUGGUCCAGUCGGAGCAGUCAUCCUGGGAAAGCCAUCUGCAGUGCAAUGGGCAGUCGCUUUUGUGGGACUUGAGGAGGCCCAUAAAAGCUGCAUUGGCUGCUGUUUCUGAACAUCUAGCGGGUUUGCUUCCUCUUCAUCUUGUUUACAGUCACGCCCAUGAAACUGCAAUCGAGGACUGGAUAUGGUCGGUAGGAUGCAACCCUUUGUCCAUCACUUCUCAAGGAUGGCAUAUCACACGGUUUCAGUCUGAUACAAUUGCUCGGAGUUAUAUUCUCACAACUCUUGAGGAGUCGAUACAACUUGUCAAUUCAGCCAUUCAUCUUCUAGUUAUGGAGCGUACUUCUGAAAAAACUUUCAAGCUUUUCCAAUCCCAGGAGCGUGAGCUAGUGAACAAAUAUAACUACGUUGUCAGCCUGUGGAGAAGGAUUUCGACCGUUACUGGAGAACUGCGCUAUGUGGAUGCUAUGAGACUGCUAUAUACCUUGGAGGAUGCAUCCAAAGGGUUUGUUGAUUAUGUGAAUUCAACUAUAUCACAUCUCCAUCCAAUUCAUUGCACCAGGGAGAGGGAAGUUCAAGUUGAGUUUGAUAUGAGCACGAUUCCUGCUUUCUUGGUAGUCCUCGUUGUUCUAUGGAUUGUGUUAAGACCAAGACGAUCAAAGCCUAAGAUCAACUAAAGUGUUGAUGAGUGCAAGGUACCUGAUUAUGUUGUAUCGGAGCAGACUGGUAGGGUUUUACAUUCCCAAACCAAGCCCCGCUCAUUAUGCGGUAGCCAUGAAAAUAUAGGUUUCUUGUUAUAUUUUGGGGAAGCAAAGCCUGUCUUGUUGCUGUUGUUUGAUUGAAAAUUAGGGGAGAGAAAUGUUCAAUGCCCAUGCAAAAACGAUUUAAGUGCAGUUAUAGGCUUUUAGAAUUGUACACAACCUUUUUGCCAAUAGUAAAAUAGAAAAUUUUGCACUGUCAUGCAGAUUCA